AUGAAGUCCCUAAUUUGCCUUAUGACUCUUCCUAUUCUUGGAUUUGCCUAUCCUCCCCGACUCGGUGACCCAUUCAGUCCCCUUGGCCCGUGGACAAGCAGGGAGGAGCUGCAGCAGCGAAAGAAAGAGCUUGAAAGCAAAAUUGCUGCUCUUUCUCCAGCUGCAAAGGAAGCCUAUGAAGCUGAACUGCCCAAGGAGAUUCGAGAAGAGCUUCGAUCUCUUUGCGGUUGGCGCAAGAAAGAAGAAUCAACCACAGAAGCGCCUGCCAGCACUACUGAAUCGGUACAAGAAACUACACAGACGGUUGACAUAACGACAACGGCUCAACCCAUCAUCGAGGAGAAGACGAAGGAGGUUGAAUUUGCUGCAUUUCUCGAUGUGUCCAUGCCAGAAGAGUUGAACAACGAAGCACAGUGUUCCUACUAUGCUUAA